AUGAAUAAUUCAUCCUCCACCGUUACUGCUGCUGGUGGCACAAAAAAAACGAAAAAGACUAAUAUUAAUUCAGGUACCACUGUAGAAAAAAGAAAAGGCAGGAAAAGAAAGAAUGCAGUCAACACUACCGUUAAUACAAAUAAUAAUAAUAACACCAAUCCUAAUGCUAACGCCGUUAAUAAUAUAGAUAACAACAACAAUAAUAACAGCAUUACUACAAAUGAUACUGCAUCUGGCUACAAAAUGGCGGCUGUGGCUUCGCUUUCCUCUGCCGCCGCUGCUGCUGCUGCUCAAGAACAGCAGUUGAUACAAAAUCCAUUUUCAACCUCUCCUCCAGUAGACCAACAACAACAAGAAGAAGAAAAAGACCCUUUAUCACAAUCCACUGCAGAAACGUGGUUGUCUAUUGCCUCCUUAGCCGAGACCAUUGGCGAUUCAGAUCGUGCUGCUUUAGCCUUCGAUUACGCCUUGCAAUAUAACCCGUUAUCUACUAAAGCUUUGACUUGCCUAGGAAAUUUGUACAAGUCUAGGGAUAUGUUCCAAAGAGCUGCCGCUUUAUAUCAAAGAGCUUUGUCCAUUAAUCCACAAUUAGGUGACGUUUGGGCGACACUCGGUCAUUGUUAUUUAAUGUUGGAUGACUUACAAAGAGCAUACGCUUCUUACCAACAAGCCUUGUAUUAUUUGGCUAAUCCUAAUGUUCCCAAGUUAUGGCAUGGUAUAGGUAUUUUAUAUGAUCGAUAUGGCUCAUUGGAUUAUGCUGAGGAAGCUUUUGCCAAAGUUUUAGAAUUGGACCCUCAUUUUGAAAAGGCUAAUGAAAUUUAUUUUAGACUGGGUAUUAUUUAUAAACAUCAAGGGAAGUUGACCCAAGCCUUGGAAUGUUUCAGAUAUAUUCUACCCCAUCCACCACCACCUUUACAGGAAUGGGAUGUCUGGUUUCAACUAGGUUCAGUUUUAGAGAGUAUGGGCGAGUGGCAAGGUGCCAGGGAGGCUUAUGAACACGUUCUUCUUCAAAACGAAAAUCAUGCCAAAGUUUUACAACAAUUGGGUUGUUUAUAUGCUAUGGCCAAUUCCCAAUUCCAUGAUACUUCAACGGCUUUGAAUCUAUUGUUGAAAUCUUUGAAAGUGGAUAACAGCGAUUCCACUACUUGGUAUCAUCUUGGAAGGGUUCAUAUGGUCAGAAAUGAUUACACUGCUGCAUAUGAAGCCUUUCAACAAGCUGUCAAUAGAGACUCUAGAAAUCCUACCUUUUGGUGCUCUAUUGGCGUAUUAUACUUUCAAAUUGGUCAAUACAGAGAUGCGUUGGACGCUUACACAAGGGCUAUUAGGUUAAACCCAUAUAUUAGUGAAGUUUGGUAUGAUUUAGGUACUUUAUAUGAGACAUGUAACAAUCAAUUAUCCGAUGCCUUGGAUGCAUAUAAACAGGCUGCCAGAUUAGAUCCAAACAACGUUCAUAUUAGGGAAAGAUUAGACGCACUAACCGCACAAUUACAAUCUCAGCAACAAGUACAGCAAGCAACUGCUGCUGCUCCUCCGCCACCUCCCCCUGUCAUGUUGCAACCCAACUUACCUAUGACUACUGAUAUGUCUAAUCCAUUGAAUGCCACAUCUGGUGCCUAUGAUCUCCCACAGCAACAGCAACAGCAACCACAACCAAUGCAAUUUCAACAGGUGCAACCACAACAGCAGUUGGGUGUUGUUUCCAACAACAAUGCACCUUUAUCAAAUAAUUUUAUCGAUAAUAAUAAUGCUAAUAGUAUACUUCCUCAAAAAAGGUUGUUGGCUGAACCCCAGCCGCAACAACAAUCCUUAUAUUCCAAUAUGGAUAGUUUAGUCACCGCUGCUACUAAUGUUACUCCUCAACAGCAACAAACAGUUAAACAGCCACCACAAAAAAAGACUAAAACCAAAAAGAGAACACCAAAGAUUGUCAAGGCAAAAUUGUCCAAAACCAAUGAUAAUGCUGCUCAUGACAUUACCGAUAAUAAUAAUCCCGACCCCAAUCUCAAAAAUGAUAUAAACACGAUUAUUCCUAAGACUAACAUUAUAAAUAACACUGAGAAACCAACAUCGCCUGCUAUGUCUGUUUCAAGUAGUACCAAUAAUAGUACAAAUAACGCGUCUAAUCCUAGUGUCAUUGGCACAAGUGCUCAGAGACAAGAAUAUGUGUUAAACGUUCCAAAGCCAAGCCAAAGCAUGUCUCUAUCUUCUGUAAUUGAUCCGCAGCCAGUUAUUAACACUGAUAAUACAGCAGCUGAGGAUGCUACGGGAACUUUAAAAAAAGAUGUUGACGUUUCUAGCGCUAUCGUAGAGCCUCCACAAGAAAUUGCUGGCAAUAGUAAUAUGUUAACCACUAAUAAUAUUGAAGCCUCGCAAGAAAAAGAAACAGAGGAUAUGAAAGAAGAGGUGAAAGGGGAGAAAACAAAGGAAGAAUCAAAAGAGGAAUCAAAAGAGGAAUCAAAAGAGGAAUCAAAAGAGGAAUCAAAAGAGGAAUCAAAAGAGGAAUCAAAAGAGAAAGAGGAAUCAAAAGAGGAAUUAAAAGAGAAAGUAAAUUCGCCAGAACAUACUAGUCCGAACACUGCCGAUAAUUCAGAUGGUUUGGCUCUUGAUGGAAGUAAUAUCAACAAUGCCGAUAAUACAAAUUUAAUAAAUGGUGUUAAUGAAGAAGUUACAAGGUCACCUUCGACUAAAUCAGACCACCUAGUGCCACAAAAACAAACAUUUCAAGAUGCAGAAAAAAACAAGGAAAAAGAUGCAGCUUUGGAAGCUAAUAAAGAUUUAGUUUCUGCCAUUACCGGUACUGGCACCGAUAUCCCCAUCAAAUCGACAACCGUUAUUUCUACUUCAAAUACCCCUGCUCCCACACCAGAUAUUAACACAACUACUUCUUCCGUUACCACUACUAUUGCUAAUAAUGAGGAGGACACUUCUGCUGCUGCACCAGCUGUUAUACAAAAUAAAGAUAUUGUAUCGAAUGAUACUGCUGAUAAAAUACAAGGUAGAGAGGGAAGUGAUACUGAACUGCAAAAGGAAGAUGACGUGUCUGCAGAAAACGAUGACAAAAAAGUUGAAAGCAAUGAACCAGCAAUUUCAGCACCCAUAUUACCAUCUGAUACGGAUGUAGCUAAUAUUGAUUCUUCCGCGAGAUUGAUUGCUACUACUGCUCCAACUCAUCUCACCCGUGUAACUGACAGUGUUGAAUCGAAUUCUACCGAAAGUCCAGUUACUUCUGGCACAAUCGGAAAUGAAACGGACAAUGUUGAAGCCAAGGCCAUCCCAACAAGUGCCGCUGAAAAGACUGGAGAAGAGGGAGAUGAAAGAUUAGAUCAAGAACCCAAUAAUAAAGUGGUAGCGAUUACCACCCAAAUAAGUAACCCCGCAGAAGAUAAUGUAAAUAGUUCCACUAGUUCUAAUAUUCCUCAUGAAAAAGAAGCAACAGAAAGCCUUAGUGCUACCACUUUGCCCAACGAUAAAGAUGCAAAUGUAGAGGAAAAGGACGGACCCAUCGAACCAACUGAAAAUAAAGGGGUAGUUGAGGAAGAAAUGACUAUUUUAAAACCAUCAAGUGAAACAAUUGAAUCAUUACAAGAAGAGAAAAAAAAUAGAGAGGAGCAAUUAAAAGAAGAUGGAAAGGAGUUUAGUAACGAUAUUGAUAAUUCUAAAAAGACGUCUGUAGUCACUGAAAGUGUAGUCAGACAGGUUGAUGAAGAUGAAAAUUAUGACGAUUGA